GAUGAAUCUAACCUAAUAUGGCCUGUAGAUUUGGAAUCAUUUGAGUUAAACAAAUUUUAUUAUUAUUUUUUCUCUUUUCAGGUAGAUCUACAAACUGUAAGCCAAUUAUUCUUAUUUUAUUGUGGGUUCCCAUGUCAGACCCCCUGCCCCCCAGCCCUCGCACCUGUGCUAGUUUAUUCAUUAAAGGCGUCUUGUUGAAAUACUGUACUGUACCACCACUCUGUCUGUACUCAAGUCCUGAGUUUACUGUGACAUCUGAGCUUGAGUGUUUAGUUCAGGUGUUUUUGCCGGCCCUCCAUGCCCAACUCUCUUUCCAACAUGGCUGCUCUGCCAUGACUAAUUAUAUUUUUAUGCGUCAUCCGAUCGAAAGUGGGUAUUUGUAAAUAGAUUUCUGUAAUAAGCAUAGAUCUAGGCUGCCAGGAGUUUUAUCUGCAGUGCUGGUCUAUCCCUAUCACUUACUCACUCCCGCGCCGUCCAUUCAUCUCCAUUUGAAUUUUGACAACAUUAAUCUAUGAAAAGUAUGUGGUUUUUCCUUCUUCUCUAACCUGGUUGGUUCUCCUCUAGGUGGCUGCCUAGCCACAUCGAUUUUCUUACAUUUUCAUGAAGAUAUUUUGCCAUCGCGUGUCCGUCCGUUAGACUAAGAUGGCCACCGGUCUGUCGGUUUGUUACGUCAAGCAUCGGGCCAUCACAAAGAUCUAGAAAAGGAAAUCAACAAAAUUUGUCUCCUACAGGUGUGUGACAUGAGACACCACAACAAUCAGUGCUGGGCGUGGCGUGGCGUGGCGUGGCUGGGUGCUCAUAUGGUGGAGGAGUUUUGGUCACUAACCAUCUGAUGACCUCCAUGAUGUGGGACCGGUUUGCUGCUGUAGCACAUCCAGAUAUUCUCAUAAAGGAAGUAUUGAAGGGACUUAGCUUUAUCUCUCUCUCUCUCUCUCUCACUGCCUCUGUCCAACAUGGCCCUCUAUUCUGUGUUAGUCUACCCCCUGUAGGACAUGAGACAGAGUUUAGUUGUUAACCAUCUGACGUCCUCAUGCCGCUCACCAGGGUCACAUACAGUCAGUGUAUACUUCAGGCAUUUUAAAAGUCCUGCACUGCUUUGGUUAUUGGGGUAAACUAAACCUGAGAUCGGCCUGAGGCUGCCUGUUACUCUGUGCUCACGUUAUACUCUUAACACAUUAGAUUAAUUGUCUGUACCACUAUCUGGGAUACUGACUUUCUCUAGUGCUCAUUCGGCCCAUAGAUAAUCUGGUAGAAUAUAUUUAAAAUCUUUGGCACGUGUGAUAUUCUGUCAAGUUAAACGUUAGAUUAGAUAAACUGGGCUUUUUCCCCCCAAACAUAAGCUGCACCUUGUAUCUUUAAGUGCUGUUAGAGAUUGUCACUGCCCGGAUUUUGAUUUAAAAACAGUUUAUUGUACUUUAGCAUUAGGCCUCUGGGGCAUCUCGCUCUGCCAAGUUUCAAGAGUCUCACGCUUCAUGUAGGCCCUGUGGUGUUAGAGUUUAGCUUUUCAUAUUAUUAGAUUUUCCGGACAUUGGGAGGCCUCCAAGCAGGGGAAUUUAUCCCACUCCUGCAAAACGUUAUGUCAUUGAUAUGGGGAUACUUUAGACAGUUUCUUAUUUACAUUGUCGUCGGACCUGGUUUACGUGGUACCAGCUGGGGGUGCGUUUGGGUUCUUGGGAGGGAGCAAGCCUGGCAGAGACAGAUGAUUUAGAUGACUCUUUUUAAAACAAAAUUUUAAAAAAAGCUUGUGGACACCCGGUUUGGGCGUUAUUGUCCGGGUUGAGAAUGACAGCAGUGAUACUAUGAAGCCUGAUGGUCAAGUACACCGGUUGACACCAUAUUGAACGUAUUAUUACUGAGUGUUACUCUUAACUUUCUUAUUGCAAGAUGAUACUGUGGGCUGAAUUGACUCAAGGCUAACAGGCUUUGUAUGGAAGUAAGAGAGGAGGGAACUGAGGGAGAACUACAGGGACAGUACCUCAGUUAUUAACAUGAAAAUUGGCUCUUACAGUAUGUCUUGUCAGUACUUAGCUUGGCAGCAUGAAUUUGCCUGUCCUCUUUUCUAACUCCACGUAUUCCUACACAAUGCACACUGACGGUGUUUUCUAAACUGACAUGUAAAUUAGAAGUGACAGUGUAGAGAACAAACAUGGGAGUCAGUUGUAGUGUCAAAUCAGUGAUAGUUAACAGUGCUGCAGUAUAUUGCUUUUAGGGAACAUUACAGGUUGUGUUUAUCUUGUUAAAUCAGUGCAGAGUGACAACCAGUUCUAGGGUUGAGGAAGCCAGGGCUUCUCAACACUACAGAGAACGAGGUCAAAUGAGUCAACUUGCUUCAUAACAGGCUUUUGUCCUUCCCCUUCUCAGUGUGUGAGAGAGUCCAAGCUUUCAAGUUAUUGGUAGUUUGGACAGUUGUUGAGUUCCUCUUUGAACCUGUAUAUUUGCUGGAAAAGUGACUGAGGUAGUCAGAAUUGCAGGUACCUAGAGAAAUAAGGCAGAGUCAAGGCAAAUACAGGCUAGAUCAUGGACCCCUACUGAGCUGGAGCAUUGUCUAGUUUUGGAAAUUGCACAACCAUGGCACAAGGAUCCCUCUGGUUUUGUGAAUCAGCUGACAUGGUAUGCCAUUAUGAUCCUACUAAGAGAAGUACUUUGCAAUUGAUGCUCACAUCUUUAAGGGGUAGAUUUGGUGAGACAGAGCCAGCUGUGACUAUUGCAGUUCAAGAUGAGGAUGCACAGAGUAGACUUAGCUGCACAAAGGUGUAUAAAACUCAGUUGAUGUAUUGUGCCCCUAGGCUGGGAAUAGUGGAGAGGAACAAGAAGCAGCACACCCCUCACUUCCACUCAUCUGUAUUUGAGCUUUACAUUUUUAGACUAACAAACCUACAUUUCUGGUCCUCAGUGAACACACUUGGUUUCAGGACCAUGCUUGUGGUGACUAGCUUUUUUCCCCUCCUCCUCUUUCUAAACUGACUGUACUGUUUCAUAGCACCCUAGUCGAGUAUCUGAAAGCACCAGCCAGGGAGAGUAAAGCUACUGUGGGGGGACAGUGGAUAUAUUCUUUAAGUUAGAGGAAAGUACUUCCUGGUUGAAAAGUUGCAGUUUACCAAGCUGUUUCCUGUCCUGCCAGAAAAGCUGGUGUGGGAUGCUGGGACUCAGAAGUUGAUGUGUUAAGCUGUGAAGAAGAUGAAGACCCUGCUGUACCAGACCCUCCGUCAACAAUGACUCCUCUGCACCACAAGUUGUUGAUGUCUUCAUAUACAUCAGGAGAAGCAAAAAACAUUCCUCCAUACCCAGGACCAAACAGGAUGCGGGACUGUUACUGCACUGUCAACCUGGACCAAGAAGAGGUCUUCAGGACCAAGAUUGUUGAGAAAUCACUUUGUCCAUUCUAUGGGGAGGACUUCUACUGCGAGAUCCCACGAAGCUUCAGACACCUCUCCUUCUACAUUUUCGACAGGGACGUGUUCAGGAGGGACUCCAGUAUCGGCAAGGUUGCAGUGAAAAAAGAGGACCUACAGAAGUAUCAUGGCAAAGACACAUGGUUCCAGCUGCAACCUGUCAGCGCUGACUCAGAGGUGCAGGGAAAAGUGCACCUGGAAUUGCGUCUGAGUGAAGUCAUAACAGACAGCGGAGUCAUCCACAAUAAAUUAGCCACAAGAGUACUGGAGUGCCAAGGUCUUCCAAUAGUCAAUGGCCAGUGUGAUCCCUAUGCUGCUGUCUCCUUACUAGGGCCUUCGAGGUCAGAUGCUAAGAAAACCAAGAUGAAGAAGAAAACCAACAAUCCACAGUUUGAUGAGGUUUUCUAUUUUGAGGUCACACGGCCAUUAAGCUAUACAAGGCGUCAGUUUGAUGUUGAAGAAGAGGAUGUUGACAAACUGGCACUGAGGGUGGAUCUGUGGAAUGGCAGCAACCUGAAGUUUGGGGCUGAGUUCCUGGGAGGUGUGCGUGUUCCUCUCCGGGUCCUUGGUCAGGCUGGGGUCCACGACGCAUGGUACUUUCUCCAGCCAAGAGAGAAUGGGGGGAAGUCAGUGAAGGUUGAAGAGCUCGGCUCGCUCCGUUUGAACAUCAUUUACACUGAGGAUCACGUCUUCCCCUCCGAACACUACAACCCCCUCAGAGAUCUAUUGCUGCACUCUGCUAAUGUAGAGCCUGUGUCGGCGUCCGCUGCUCAUAUUCUGGGGGAGGUGUGUCGAGAAAAGCAAGAAGCCGCUAUUCCCCUUGUGCGUCUCUUUCUUCACUAUGGCAAGAUUGUGCCUUUUAUCAGCGCCAUUGCUCACGCUGAAGUCAACCGCACACAGGAUCCCAACACCAUUUUCCGGGGAAACUCGCUGACUUCUAAGUGCAUUGAUGAGACUAUGAAGCUGGCUGGAAUGCAUUAUCUGCAAGUCACACUCAAGCCAAUCAUUGAUGAGAUCUGCACUGAGCACAAAUCCUGUGAAAUUGACCCGGUCAAACUUAAAGAGUCUGAGAACCUGGAGACAAACAGGGAAAACCUUCGUCAGUAUGUCGACCGUAUCUUCAAUGUUAUCACCACCUCUGGCGUUCGCUGUCCCACAGUCAUGUGUGAUAUCUUCUUCUCUCUGAGAGAGUCUGCUGCCACCCGUUUCCAAGUUGACCAAGACGUUCGAUACACAGCAGUGAGCAGCUUCAUCUUCCUGCGUUUCUUCGCUCCAGCCAUCCUCUCCCCCAACUUGUUCCAUCUACGGCCGCACCAUCCAGAUCCCACCACCUCACGAACCCUCACUCUCAUCUCCAAGACCAUCCAGACCCUGGGAAGUCUAGCAAAGUCUAAAUCUGAGUCUUACAUGGCUGCAUUUUAUGACUACUUCAAUGAGCAGAAAUAUGCGGAUGCUGUGAAGAAUUUCCUGGAUCUGAUCUCCACUUCUGGCAAAUGGGAUCAGAAGAGUAUUGAAACACCCAUCAUGCUCAAAGAGGGAUUCAUGAUAAAGAGAGCACAAGGUAGAAACCGGUUUGGAAUGAAGAAUUUCAAGAAGAGAUGGUUUCGCCUCACCAACCACGAAUUUACCUACCACAAAACGAAAGGUGAGGGGGCUCUGUGUAGCAUUCCCAUAGAGAACAUCCUGGCUGUAGAGAGGCUAGAGGAGGAGUCUUUCAAGAUGAAAAAUAUGUUCCAGGUAAUUCAGCCAGAGCGUGCGCUCUACAUCCAGGCCAACAACUGUGUCGAGGCGCGCGACUGGAUCGACAUCCUGACCAAGGUCAGCCAGUGCAAUCGCAAGCGCCUGAGCACCUACCAUCCUUCAGCCUACCUCAACGGUCACUGGCUGUGCUGCAAGCUCUCGGCAGACACAGCCUCUGGGUGUACGCCCUGCACUGCUGGUCUUCCAGCCAACAUUCAGCUGGAUGUAGACGGGGACAGAGAGACAGAGAGGAUUUAUUCCCUGUUCACCACAUACAUGACAAAACUGACCAACAUGCAAGAGGCUUGUGGCAGUAAGUCUGUGUACGAUGGGCCCGAACACGAGGAAUACUCCAGCUUUGUUAUCGACGACCCCCAGGAGACCUUUAAAACCCUGAAGCAGAUUGUUUCAGCUGUGCAGACCUUGGAGCAGCAGCACACCCAGUACAAACGUGACAAGUUCAAGAAAACAAAGAUAGGCAGCCAGGAACAUCCAAUUGGAGACAAGAGUUUUCAGUGCUAUAUCCGCCAGAAGUCCGAGAGCUCCACCUACUCUAUCUAGCCAUGGCCCUGUGUACUGUUUUGAUGCCUCGAACCAGCAGCUUUUUCUUUAUUGCAAAUCCAUUUUAACAAUGCUCUGUCUAGUUUGGGGUUUAAAUCCCUAUUUUUCUUUAAACCAAGAGUUGAAAAAAGUCAUUAAGUUGAUAUUGUAUCUUCACUUGUUUCCAAUGCCGUGUAUCCAUACUUGAAGAUGUUCUUCAAAAGGAACAUUUCACUUUUUUAAACCAUUUCAGGAAGCAGCGGGUGCUGGAUUGGAAACAAGUAUCACCUGAUUUACUGAUUUCCUCUGUUUUAAGACUCAGUGCCAGAUUGAAUGAGUUGUAUAGAUGGAGUUUUCUGAGGUGUCUCGAGGUGUAUCACUCCAAAUUUGCAGGAACAGACCUCAGAUCAGCAAGAUAAAACUGAAGAACAGUUGAAGAGUAAAGAAGGGAAACAGGUGAAGAAGAUAAUCAUGCCAUACUUCUCCUCGGGUCUUAUGUUGUUAUUUGAUAAGCGAACAAACUUUUUCACUGGACAUUUUUGACAGUGACCAACACGCACUUUAAUUGUAUCCAAAUCUAUGGGUGUUCAAGCCUAGCAGCACACUUUCAUAAAGCAGAUUUUAUUUGUUUGAUUUGUAUUUGUUUAUUUUAAUGCUUGAAAUGUUCAGUUGUAGUUCACGUCUGGCAGACCAAACUCAAGACGAGAGGAAGGAUGAGAAAUAUUAUCCUGUUUUGUGCAGUUUUAUGUGGCGUUGGGGGAUGGGGGGGUUGUUUGUUUUGUCCCCAACCUCUUCAAGAAGGUUGCUGUGAAGGUUGAGCAGAAACAAGACGGGAUUGUUGUCGAGCAACUUGAUAUUAGUGAUGAAAGCCUAUCCUUAGUAGUUUCAUAACUCAUUUUUAAUUCUUAACAUCCAUGUUCUAACAGAUGUAUAGGUUUACGUUUUCAUGUUCCAUUUGAAUCCUUCUUGUAAUGUGGUUGUAUACAGUAUUGUGUCUCCUGUAACCAGUGCCUGGGUUAAAGGGAGAGCUUGCUUUUGGGUUGUUUUUUUCUUUUAUUCUGCUUACACUGAGUCAGACAAACUCAUGGAUUCCUUUAUAUGAUGUUUAAAGGUAUGUUAAAUAGUUUCCUUAGAGUGGCUGAGUUUAUGGAUGUCAGCAUGCUACUUCUCUUUGAAGUAAGGCAGCAAAUGUUGGAUGGAUGAUUAACUGAACUCAAUCUUUGAACAAAGAAACUACAAGCCAGACAAACCCGUUUCUGCUGACAUCUGGGCCAUGUUAGGGGCGCGGAGUUAAAAUGUUGACUUCCAAAAUUUCUGAAUUGUGGUGUUGCACAUAAGCACAACUUUAUUCAGUAAAUUGCAGCGUGUAACCACAAUAUAAACUGAAAUAAUAAUGCGCUUUCAGCAUCCUCUCAGUGCCCACAUCAUUAGGUACACCUGCUCAAUUUCUUGUAAUUCUUGUAAUUCAAUUUCUUGUAAUAGCAGGACAGUUGUAUUUGAAUGCUUUCAAUUGCACAAGAACAGUAAUAAGGUCGCCAGCGAGCGCAUAUACUAUAUAGUGUGCCUACAGAUUUAACAAACAAAUUUGUAAUUAAUGAAGUCACCAAAAACUAAGCAACACAUGUUGAACCUACAGCCUUUGAGUCCCUCUUGGGCUCCUGGGAAGUUGUCUCUUCUUCCCAGUUGGGGGUCCCGCCGUAGUUGACAUGCACACACACAUUUCCAGAAAAGUAGUUUUAACUGUAAUGUAACUAUUAUAGGCAGAUCUUCACUGUAUUUUGCUACUUUUUACAGCUGCUCGGACUUGUUUUCAACAUCCAUUAAAUAAAUUCAGCCAGGUUCACCAUUUAACAUACCCUUACACUACAUACAGACAUAAUGAUAGACGUAAUGAAGGCAUAUGUUUGUUUCACUCUGUGUAAAGACUAAUUAAUAAUGAUGACUUUAGAUUCUGUAGUGGUUAAAAUGUAACCACACUUCAUGUCUAAGUAAUCCAUAUACUAAUGUUUUAACCUGCCUUGUCUUAGGUUAUGAUUGUGAAACAGAUAGUGUGUUACUGAUUGUGUUGCCCUGUUGGCUGCCUAAUGAUGUAAUUCUUUUGUUUUGUGAGUUAACCUCAUUUUACUUUGGAAAAGCUGCAGCUGUAGUUUAAAACCUAUGUAUAUGCAUUUCUCUGAAAAACUGCCUGCUGUGACUCUUACUGGUCAGCACCUCAGAAUCAGUUGAAGGUACAGGAUUUAUUGUUGUUCACCGGUUGUGUGGUAUUUCUUCUCUGCUUCCCAAAGGCAGUCACUCUCACUGACACUUAAAUUCAUUAGCACGGCGUUUCAGCCAAACCAGCGCAUGUGAAGUGUAGUUGUGGUCUCGGAGAUGGUAACCUCACCUCUCUGCACCCAGGUGACUACAAACCACAGACAAAUUUUGUAUUUUCCAAAACUAAGUACCUGGUAACAUAGCAUCAUGGGUAUUUCCAUGAUCAGAGGAUCACAAACAGUGCCAGUCAUCACUUUUCUAAAAUUCUCCUUUUGAAAAACAACAAAAAAAAAUCAUUGUUUAGAUAUGUUUUUUAUAUCUCAAAACUUAUAACUGUUUUAAAAACAGAGAAGCAAUUACUCUGAUUUCAUCUUUUUUCUUUGUCAAAUAUGUUGAACUGUAAUGAGGAUUCUCAACAGUUUGACUGUGUUUCCUAUCUUUGUCUUGUCAGACAGAAAUCUUGCUGUGUUAUCUAAACUGAAUGACUGAGGUGCGCGUUUGUUUUGUGCGUGUCUGUGUCAGUAUGUGCAUGAGUGACUGAUAUAACGGGUUGUAUUGCCAAUUGAAUUAAGCCAGUGUUGCAGGUCAAGAAAGGUGGAAAAGAAAAUUACUGGUCAUAAUUAAAUUAAAGAUGAUAGCAAGACUGUGGUUACUCUACUCUGGCCUGAUACGGUCUGUCUCCUCCUCCCUCUUUUAUAGGACCAAUAUUCCUUUCCAAGAAACGUUUGCCAGUAUAUUCUCCCCAAACACUUUAUGUAUGCAACACAACAACAACAUCAGUGUGUUGCUUUAACCCCUGAACUUUGUUGAGCGUUUGUUUCCACCAGUUACUAAUUCUACUCAGGUUUAUGAAAUUCAGCACUGCAUGUUGUUCCAGGACCAAGGACACUCAAAACUAAAACCACCAAACAUCUCUGUCUGUCAUCUCUAACUUGGUGUUCAUAUUUAUUACCAUUCAGCAAAACCUUCCCAGAAUCACCAGCUGAGUUGGCGGGGUAACAGCAUUUACAGUAAUGGCAUCUGCUCUACCCCGAAGCCCCCCAAAGGAAUGACUUAUGCAAUAAUGGUGGUUCAGCAUGCAAUAAUAUUAACUUCCCCCAAAUAAACCCAUCAGAUUAUCACAAAUUAACAAUGCACAUGUGCUGAACGCUUGCAGUAAAAUGCCUCUUAAACACAUACUAUUAUUAAUGGGGAACGGUGUAUUUUGUACAAGUAUUUCAAAAGUAUUCAAAUGAUCCUGUUGUAUGUGUACAUAAAAGAGUUG